AGACCAACCAGCAAUCAAACUGGCUUAGUGGAUCAAGUUACUGCAUCGCAAUAUUGUACCUCGUGAUGGAAUUAUUGUACUUUCUAUUUUCAUUACUCUGAUAAUGGAGCUUUCUUGAAUCGCCACUGUUGAUGGGCUCUCAAGCAAUUCAAUUUCUCUGCCAUUUCCCCGUUUCAAUUUGCCACAACUGUUAUGGUCGGUCCUUGGAUGGUGGAUACGGUAAUAGUAAAAUUCGUUGGUGGUGGUGUUUUUCUGGUGGCCGGAGCGGCGGCUCGCGGUGGGAUUGGGAGAAGAAUGUAAACCCCAGGCAGAGGUCCAGAUUUACAGACUCUUAUGUGACGGACGAGUAUGAUGAGGAGUUUGAGUAUAGUUUCAGAAACGGCGCGAAGGAGAGGAUUUGGUGGUCUGAUGAUUUCGGUGCAGAAGAUGACGAUGAAGACGACGAAGGGUUUGGGAUUCUCGAAGCUUCCAUUGGAUUUAAUUGGGUUUUGAAGAUUUUUCGAGCCUUUGGGUGGAUGAUUCCUGCAGUUAUCAUCUCGUUGCUGCUUGGAACUGGACCUAACGCUAUCAUCAUGGCCUUAGCACUACCCCUUGCCCAAUCAGCACUUUCUUUGGCUGCUGAAGCAUUAUUGGGGACGGCCGAUGAACCCCCAAGACCAAGACCUAAAAGCAAGAAGAAGCCUUUUGCUGGAGCCAAAAAUCAUACCAGAGUGAGAAAAGAAAAAGAAGUCCAAACUCGUAAGGGAAAGGAAGCCGGGAAUUAUAAGUCAUGGGUAGAUGCAAAUAAUGCUUGUACCAAAAAUGAGAAACGUAAACAACAAAGAUUCAAUGGAUGGGAUGAGCUAGAUAAUCAACCAAGAGUGGAUGAGGAACCUCGUGUUGCAUCUGUUAAAAAUGCAAAUGAACCAAGAGCGCAAAUGGCAGUAAAAAUACGCAGGGGAAUAAAGGGAGAUACUCCACUUCUUAUGAGACUGUUGAUUGCCAUGUUUCCCUAUCUGGGAUUUUGGACAAAAAUAUUCUAAUCUACUUUAGUUUGCAUUCAAAGGUAUCCAUUCUGGGGGAAUCAAGAUUUCAUUCAAUAUGGUCACAUGGCCUUGACGUUGCUCAUGCUCAACCAGUCGGAACCAGAUAAUGAGAUGGGGUCGAACAACAUUUGCUGACUAUGCCAUUUUAGAGCUGAAAUGUAUGGUGAAUCUUGGUAUGAUGUGCACUGGUUCGGUGUCUGAACCCUGCUUCCACAGUUAAUUUUCCUAAUUUCAUUACUACAGUCUACAGUCCUUAUCUGCUAGCUUACUAGAGGACUGUUUACAGUCUAUGUAUUUAUCUUGUAUUCUGUGUUAGAAAGAACGAAUGCUGUGAAGUAACACUACACGUAUAGUUUAUACAGUCUAUAGGGGCAUUCUCAUUGUUUGA